AUGAUUUCGCCUUGCACAAGCGUGAAUGUUGAUACCGUCACAUAUCAGAUUGUCUUCAGAAUCAUCUUCGUAUCCACUCCUGUCGUGCAAAGUUCGCUUGCCGUGAUGACCAUGACCAGUAUGGGUUGUCUCGGCACGUACCUUCGCAUGUUCCCUAGAAGAAGCGUGGGUCGAGUUGCUGAGCUCUUGACCGAGCAAGCCCUUGGGUAUGGUGUAUAUAAAGAAACCCUCUGCAUCCGUGCAAUAUGGAGGAAUGAGAUCCAUCACGUUCCGUACUACCGGGAUGGGCGAGGAAUUCAGUCUGAUAGACCAGUGCGAUGGGGGGAUGGAUGGUCUCGAUCUCUGGUUGCUCCGCCUUAUGGCACGAUUCCCGUUGCGUCAGUGCUCAGGCUAGACAGCUUGCAUUGGCGUGACGUUUAUGUUAGCCUUAUCAUCAAGCUGCCUGGCACGCCUGGCGAGAGGCGCAAGGGUAGGGCUCCACCAGCGGUAGACGCCAUCGACCUGCGGCCCACCGAUUAA